AUGUUGGGGCUGGGGCGGUUCAAAGUGGCCCCAGUGACAGCGACGGUGGCCGCUGGUGGAAUGAUUCAGCUGCGCGGCAUGGGGGACGGACAGCAAGCGCAGGUGCGGGGGCAGUCCACCCAAGCGCUGCGCAGCCUUUAUCGUCGUCUCCGCAAGGAGGGUGAGGACCGGCAGAUGCUGGAGCGGGCGCUCUCUACCCGCCCUUUGGAGACGAACAUCAAGGUGGGCCUGAGCCUCCUCCAUCACCACACCAUGCUACUCAACAUUGACCGUGAAGCGCGCGAGUUGGCGUUUUGGCAACUCCUGCGUCGCUUCUGCCUUGCGAUUGCUAGACGCUACUUUGUGUGGCGCAUUUUUUGUAUUCGUCUUCUCUUACGCAGCACGGCGGCCAUCAGUGACGCCUUGGUGUACACCUUCUUCCUGGCAAUUUGUUUCACCUUGUACCAAAUGUAUAAGGUAUGCCGUAUUGGCGUCACACGCGCGGAGGAGCGCUACGAGACGCUGGCCAUCCCCAUCAAGCAGACAUUUGACGCACUUGAGCAGGCGCAGGAGCGGCGGAAAGCCCUGCGACACGAGUUAGAGAAGGAUAUGCUCCAGCAGCGGUAG